GAAACAAUGGAAGGUUGAUGAUUUUUAAGUGGUUAUUCCGCAGUUUAUCUGCAUGAGGACAAGACUAAAUUUAAUCAACUAUGAAAAUGAACAUAUAUGUGUUACUGAUUUGGUUUGCUUUACCAGACUUUACCAUCUUCGUCGAAGGUUACCGUUACUACGUUUCGGAGCAGGAAACGGAAUGGGGAAAUGGCAAUUGCACCUUGGCUCUUCCAAGUCUUGAUUAUAACGAUCUUGGUAUCUUUGCUGAAACAGAAAAGGAUACAAACUGGACAUUGCACGAAGAUGGUUUAUGGAUUGGUUUAUUCCAAGCUAAGCUCAGUUUCGCAUACGUCGGUUGCAAUAAAUUGAAUGACAGCGGUGCUGUACUCUCACACAAUAUUUGUGAGUGCAGUUGGAAGAGUGAAUGUGAUUCAUUUGCUAUACGGAAAAUAGAUGACGAGAAAAUUGAAUGCAAAUGUUUAGAUACUGCUGUUGUUGCAAGUAAAUCACAAUGCACUUCAACAUGCAAGAGGGCAGAUGCUUACAAAUGUGGCAAAGAGGGAAAUAAUUAUUUUUCCAUUUACACAGUUCAAAAUGCUACGAAAUGUUUUAGGCAUUGCGGAUACGCUAGUAAGACGUGCUUAAACCGAAUAAGACGCAAAACAUCCAGAUGGGCGAUCUGUUUUCAAUCUAACAGGCAAAACAAAGACUGCAGCGAUCGGCCAUUCACAGUUCGGGAUAUUGGAACGAAAGUAGCCAGUUCAGCAGUUGCAGGAGAGAAAUGUUUUGCCAAAGGCCUGUUCCCGGCAACCUUAAGACACAUUGAAUCUUCAAUAAUUUCAAAUAACAAAACAUACUGGACAGACAUAAUCAGAAUGAACUCAAUGAUUCGAACAGACGAAAAAUUCUACGCCGACGGACCGAAACUGUAUGCUUACGUCCAAUUUGACGGUAAAAGACUUGGAGUUAGGUUUGACGACGGACGCAGUGUAAGACGAAGGAGUCUUUGUGAAACACCAAACUUUGUAGCAACAACAGCAACUACAAUAGAAGGUCAUUCCACAUUGAAAAUUCCAGAAACAACGGAGAAUAACAGGACCAUAACAACAGUAGAUCAACGAGUCCCGGUUGCGGAGAUUUCUGCUAGCGUUUCAGCGCUUGUGGUUGUUGGAAUAUGUAUUGUCAUUUCCGUUAUACUGAGGAAGAGGUCAGCGUUAUUACCCUUCGGAACAGGAAACACAAUGGGGACAAAGCAAUUGCACCUUGGCUCCCCUGUCUAUUAA